GGUGUGUAUUGCCCCAAAACAAAACCAACCGAUUUCCAGCCACGAUUUUUCCAAUAGAAAAAUCUGGAAUUGGAUUAAAUUAAACGCCUCUUCUUAAUCUUGACUGGAUUGCUCUGCUCCCUAUAUUUCUCGCUUUUUGGUUCUGUGUUUUCUUCCUCAAAACAGGGUUUUCUUUUUCAUUUCUUUCCUUUCUCACUCUACCCAGUAGACAUAUUCUGAGAAUCUUCUUCACCCUCCAUUAUUUUUCUCUGAUUCUCUCUCUUUUCUCUCUCUAGCUUCUGUUUCUUUGGAUACCCACCUACUGCAAGUUGAAGAAAAACUGAACCACCAACGUUUCCCCAACUUUUCCUCUUUAUCGUCAUGUGUGUGACGGAAGCAGAACAGGUUGGACCAGAGAGGGCAACUUCUGGGAGUAAUAAUACCAAGCCAUGGCCUAUGCAUUGUGAAUUUUUGCAGAAUCAGAUGGGAAAUCGAGAGAAAGAGCCUGCUCUCUCUGGAACUAGCGACCGAAGCCGCUCUGGGAAUUCUUUUCCUCUUGAAAGCAUUUCUGAGGAUGCUGCAGUUAUAGACAGAAAAGAGAACACAUCUACAUUUGUCCCUGCACUUAGAUCGGGAGAAUGGUCUGAUAUCGGAAAGCGUCCUUAUAUGGAGGACACUCAUGUAUGCAUUCAUGACAUGGCUAAGAAUUUCGGCUGCACUUUUCUCAAUGAGGAUGCUGUCUCCUUCUAUGGUGUAUUUGAUGGCCAUGGCGGAAAAGGCGCUGCACAAUUUGUUCGUGAUCACUUGCCGAGAGUCAUUGUCGAAGAUUCCGACUUUCCUUUAGAGCUUGAAAAGGUGGUUACAAGGUCAUUUAUGGAGACUGAUGCAGCUUUUGCUAGAUCUUGCAAUCUUGAGACAUCUCUAUCAUCUGGCACAACUGCACUUACUGCAAUGAUAUUUGGAAGGUCUUUGCUCGUAGCAAACGCUGGUGAUUGCCGAGCAGUAUUGUCAAGACAAGGCUGUGCAAUUGAAAUGUCUAAAGACCACAGGCCAUGCUGCACAAAAGAAAAAAAGCGAAUCGAGGCUUUGGGCGGAUUCAUCGACAACGAUUAUUAUCUAAACGGCCUGCUCGGGGUCACACGUGCAAUAGGAGAUUGGCAUCUUGAAGGAAUGAAGGAAAUGAGCGAAAGAGGUGGACCAUUAAGCGCUGAACCCGAACUCAGAUUAAUGACAUUGACGAAGGAGGACGAGUUCUUGAUCAUAGGCAGCGAUGGAAUGUGGGACGUCUUCAUGAACCAAAACGCGGUCGACUUUGCUCGGAGGAGGCUCCAAGAGCACAAUGAUGUGAAAGUAUGCUGCAAGGAAAUGGUAGAGGAAGCCAUAAAGAGGGGAGCAACAGACAAUUUGACAGUAGUUUUGGUAAGCUUCCACUUGGAGCCACCUCAACCAGUAGUUUUUCAGAGGCCAAGAUUUAGAAGAAGCAUUUCUGCAGAGGGGCUUCAGAACCUCAAAUUUCUGCUAGAAGGAUAGAGAAUUGAGACAUUCUUUGUUGUUAAUUGGCCAAAGGUUUGAUACUAAACCAAUGGGAUUAGAGUUUGUGGUUUGUGUACACAAAUGUAUUUUCAUGGGGUAAAAGUUUCAGCUCUUCCUUGUCUCAUUUUGGUGCCUCAUGAAACAAAAGGGAAAGUAGGAUCUUAAACAAAAAUUUUUGGAAAUGUAUAAUUACACUUUCUUUUCUUCU